AUGAAAAAAAUAUUUCCAUCAAACACUUAAAAUGGAAUUUCAAUAGUUGAUCCUGAUCAAACUACUGUUUAGAGACUCCAUUAAUCUCAAACGUCUAAGGCACAUUUCUCUGUUGUUCCUAGCGAACCUAGUUAAUCGUCAUAUGAAAUUAUUGAGAAGAACAAAAUCCAAUAUUUAGAAUUUUAUGGUUAAUAUACUGAAUAAAGAUUUAUGGAAAACAUGGCAGGUCUGAUGCCGAUCUCUGAGAAACUCAAAUUGCUUGAAAACUUCUUAAGUAUGUUUGAGGAAAUGAUGUAAUGCCUAAAUACUAUUUUGAAUAACUUAAUCUAAAUCAACUUUACUUCAUAAGAUUUUUACUCGAUAUAUAAUACUACUCCAGAAAAUGUUGCUAAUACUCUUUAUAAGGAUAUCAAGACACUUGAAGGUCUUCAUUUAGAACUCCAAUACCAAUCCUCACUACGAUAUUUGGAGACUGUGCUUGAAGCUCUUGAUCUUAAUCCUGACCAAUCAAAAAAGUUAUAUCAAUUGGAUGUGAAACAAUGGUCAUCCCAAUGUUAUGCUCACUUGAACCAACAUAUUACUUCCCGUAGCAUGAAAGCUAGAGAGAAAACAUGUUGUUGCUGCAAAGUAUGAAUUAUUUAGUUAUAUUCAUAUCUCUUUAUUUAAAGUGAGAGACUUCACUUUUUAAUUUGUAAAAUCAUAAA